GGCCGCGUAGCGCACGCCCCCGCUACGACGCCGCCGUCGACUACGGCCCACGCCCGCGCCGCGCUCACUCUGCCUCGGGCACCGCGCCGCGCGGACAUGGCGCCACUUCUCCGCCCGCCGAGCCGCACGGUGUGGCGACUUCGUGUCGGGUAACAUGGCGCUGAAGACGCCGACGCCGGGCGCCGGCCAGCGCGAGACCUGGGGCAAGAAGGUGGACUUCUUGCUGUCAGUCAUCGGGUUCGCGGUCGACCUCGCCAACGUAUGGCGCUUCCCGUAUCUCUGCUACAAGAAUGGCGGAGGUGCGUUUCUGGUGCCGUACUGCAUCAUGCUGGUGGUGGGCGGCAUCCCGCUGUUCUACAUGGAGCUGGCCCUGGGCCAGUUCCACCGGAAGGGCGCCAUCACCUGCUGGGGGCGACUCGUCCCACUCUUCAAAGGUAUCGGGUACGCCGUGGUCCUGAUCGCCUUUUACGUGGACUUCUACUACAACGUAAUCAUCGCGUGGGCUCUGCGCUUCUUCUUCGCCUCCUUCACCACCAUGCUGCCCUGGACCAACUGUAACAACGAAUGGAACACCCCCGCCUGUCGACCGUUUGAAGUGAUAUCGGAAGCCGCCCUGAACAAGACCUCGCAACGCAACUCGUCCCUCCUCCCUGCAGAAACUACCCCCUUCACAUCCGCUGCUUCUGAAUAUUUCAACCGAGCUAUUUUGGAGUUGCAAGGGAGUGAGGGUCUCCACGAUUUGGGUGCGAUCAAGUGGGACAUGGCUUUGUGCCUGUUGGCCGUCUAUAUCAUUUGUUACUUUUCCCUGUGGAAAGGCAUCAGUACUUCCGGCAAGGUGGUGUGGUUUACAGCUUUAUUUCCUUACGCGGUGCUGUUGAUUCUUCUCGUGCGCGGCAUCACUCUCCCGGGCUCAGCGAAUGGCAUCAAGUACUAUCUUAGUCCCAACUUCGAGGCUAUCACACAACCACAGGUGUGGGUGGACGCGGCAACUCAAGUCUUCUUCUCCCUUGGACCUGGAUUCGGUGUGCUUUUGGCUUACGCAUCGUACAACAAAUACCACAAUAAUGUGUAUAAGGACGCGAUCCUAACCAGCGUGAUAAAUUCGGCGACCUCUUUCGUGGCUGGUUUCGUCAUCUUCAGCGUUCUGGGCUACAUGGCGCAGGCGUCAGGCCGCGAAGUGCAGGACGUCGCCACUGAGGGGCCAGGGCUUGUCUUUGUGGUGUACCCCGCGGCUAUCGCGACCAUGCCUGGUUCCACCUUCUGGGCGUUGAUCUUCUUUAUGAUGCUACUAACUUUAGGCUUGGACAGUUCUUUUGGCGGUUCGGAAGCAAUAAUAACAGCUCUGAGCGACGAGUUCCCCCUGAUUGGGCAUCACCGGGAGAUCUUCGUCGCUUGUCUCUUCACGUUAUACUUCAUUGUGGGGCUCACGUCGUGUACCAAGGGAGGGUUCUACUUCUUCCAACUGCUGGACCGGUAUGCUGCGGGGUACUCCAUACUGGUCGCUGUGUUCUUUGAGGCUAUUGCUGUUUCAUGGAUCUAUGGCACAGAGAGAUUUUGCGAAGAUAUCCGCGACAUGAUCGGCUUCCGACCUGGCGUUUACUGGCGAGUCUGCUGGCGGUUCGCUGCUCCAGCCUUCCUCCUCUUCAUCAUUGCUUACGGUCUCCUGGAUUAUGAACCUCUGCAGUACGAGAGCUACGUGUACCCGGGUUGGGCCAACGCGCUGGGUUGGGCCAUAGCUGGGUCGAGCGUCAUGUGCAUUCCAACUGUGGCCAUUUAUAAGAUCUUGACGACCAAAGGCAGUUUUGGAGAGCGUCUGCGCAUCCUAACGACACCGUACGCGGACACAGAAAGCAUCGGAGCAGUUCACAAUGGAUUGGUAGUCUCAGAAAGUGGCGGAGUUCGACUGGCUUCUACUGUCCACACCCCCACUACCCCGCAACCCCCGGCUACAACCCCCCCUCUGUCCACCCCCGCCGCUCCCCCUCCCUUAGCUACGUUCCCCGCACUCGUCUGAGCUCAGCUUUCCUUUGACGUGUACUACGUCUAACUCUGUUUCUUCGGUUAACGGAAAAUCGAACAAUGACCGACGAUUUUAUUUUCGCGACUAUCCUGCUCAUACGAAGGUUUUUACGCUUUGGUACCUAAGUAUUUAUUUUGGGGCAUUGUCCGAUUUUCUUUUUGACUAAGAAACGGUGUAUAUAUUUUGAGAUGUAAUUUAGUAUUGUACUCCCAAAGUCUGCUUCUUAUAUUCCCGCUCUUUUUGGUAAAGAAUAUAUUAUCUUAUAAUAUUUUUAUUGUAUGUAAUGAAAAUCGUAUUAUAUUAAAAAUAUCGUAACAUGUGGGUAAUAAUUGGAUGAGAAGGGUUGUUAUUGCUGAGCAAGAUUUAACAUUAUAUCUUCAGACACCUUUUACCCAUGACUUUUCUAAUUUAAUAUAUUAUUUUGAGUAUUUUUAUGUGUAGAAAAUGUACAUUUAAUGUUUGGGAUUUCUUGACAGUUUAUUGAUUAAGAAAAGUUGUCCGUCGCUUGAAGGUAUGUAGUUUAUUUGAAUUUAAGUUAAGAAAGAACGUAAGUAGUAGUUAAGGUCUAUGAUUGUAUAUUAUUUAUAGAUAUACUUAUUAUGAAUAUUAAACUGUGCUUACAAAAAUAUAAACAAAAAAAGAGAGCUCGUGAUUUGGGGUUUAGAUGUAAAUAAAUAUCUAAAUAUUUCAAUUUGACAA